AAAAGGCCCCAAAGUGUGUAUUCAAGACAUCAGCUUAGAGAAAAUCUUUGACUACUCACUAGUUGAAAGAACAUAACUUUUUUCCUUUUCAGAUCUCUCUCUUUACUUGUAUAUAUAAAGCCCAUGCCUCUCCCCACAUUGAGCUACCAAAGACAAGAUUUACCAUACAAACACACACUCACUCACUCUGUAAUCUCCUCUCUCUGCAAGUGAAUGUUGUGAAUUUCCCUUGAGUUAGGGAAACAAAACCUUCAUGGAGAUGUCUACAGAUCAGAAGAUUAAGUAUCAGCUCCAAAAACAAGAUGAACCCCAGAUGAGGAAAAAGGGUGGCCUAAUUACUAUGCCAUUCAUUAUAGCAAAUGAGGCAUUUGAGAAGGUUGCUAGCUAUGGACUAUUGCCUAACAUGAUAUUGUAUCUAAUGAUGGAUUAUGGAAUGAGCUUGACAAAAGGCCAAAAUAUACUCUAUUUCUGGAGUGCAGCUACUAAUUUCAUGCCACUUAUUGGAGCUGUUGUCUCUGAUUCUUAUCUGGGUCGUUUCCUCACCAUUGGUCUUGGUUCCAUUACCAGUUUGUUGGGAAUGAUUCUUUUAUGGUUAACAGCCAUGAUUCCACAGGCAAGGCCCGGCCCUUGUGAUCCUCGAACACAAGUCUGUAAACCAACUUCAUCAUCUCAGUAUUCUCUCUUGAUUGCCUCUUUCACUCUCAUAUCCAUUGGAGCUGGUGGCAUCAGGCCUUGUUCAUUGGCUUUUGGUGCAGAUCAAAUAAAUAAUACAGAGAAUCCAAAAAAUGUGAGAAAUUUAGAACGCUACUUCGGUUGGUAUUAUGCUUCUGCAGCCCUUUCUGUUGUGAUCGCCUUGACCGGUAUUGUCUACAUUCAAGAUCACGUGGGAUGGAAAGUUGGUUUUGGAGUUCCUGCCAUUUUGAUGUUCUUAUCUGCUUCUUUGUUUUUUCUUGCUUCUUCGUUAUAUAUCAAGCACAAGAUUAGGACUAGCUUGUUAACUAGCUUUGCACAAGUUAUUGUAGUUGCUUAUAAGAAUAGGAAAAUUGAUCUUCCUCCUAUGAAUUCCGAAGUAUGGUAUCACCAGAAAGAAUCAAAGUAUCAAUUCCCGACUAGUAAACUAAGGUUCUUAAAUAAAGCCUGUGUCAUAAGAAAUCCUGAAGAUGUUAGCUCGGAUGGCAUAGCUUUGAACCAGUGGACCCUUUGUUCAGUUGAUCAAGUCGAAGAUUUGAAAGUUUUGAUCAGAGUUAUACCAUUGUGGUCUGCUGGAAUCAUGAUGUCAGUAAACAUAAGCCAAAGUUCAUUUGCAGUUCUUCAAGCUCAGUCCAUGGACAGGCAUCUGACUUCAAACUUUGAAAUUCCAGCAGCCUCCUUCGGAUUGUUUACUGUCAUUGCUCUAUUCGUAUGGGUAAUGAUAUACGAUAGGGUAGUGCUUCCAGUUGCAUCUAAGAUUAGAGGAAAACCAGUUUAUAUUGGCGUGAAAGAAAGAAUGGGAAUUGGUCUAUUUUUUUCGUUCCUAGGAAUGGUAGCAUCCGCGAUUGUAGAGCAUAUUCGUCACCGGAAAGCAAUCGAGCAGGGAUUCUUAAACAACCCUAGUGCAGUAGUAGACAUGUCUGCAUACUGGCUUAUUCCUCAACAUGUGUUGAACGGGUUAGCUGAGGCGUUUAAUGCCAUUGGCCAGACAGAGUUUUACUACUCGGAAUUUCCCCAGAGUAUGGCUAGCAUUGCAUCAUGUUUAUUCGGAUUGGGGAUGGCAUUUGCCAAUCUAUUAGCUAGUCUCAUUCUCAGCACUGUGGAUCACGCGACAAAGAAAGGGGGGAAAGAAAGCUGGACUUCUAGUAACAUUAACAAAGGACAUUAUGAAAGUUACUACUGGCUUCUUGGGGUUCUGAGUGUCAUAAACAUCUUUUACUUCAUGUUCUGCAGCUGGGCUUACGGUUCUUGUGUAGAAAAAGUAAAUGGUGUUCCACGCGAGAUGGCAAUCAAUGGUUCUGCAAAAGAGUUGCUGAAGCUAAGCUGCUCUCGGGUGAACGAUGAAGUCGAAAAUGGUAAAGAAUUGUCUAAAUCCAGGCUAUUACCAGCUUAAUUCUUGGUCUGGGCACUCCACUGAAAUGCAUCUAUAACAAAAUAGUACUGAUUUCAUAUAUUACAUAAACUAUGAUAAAUAGGCUUAAAUUUUUAUUCAUAAUCUUAUGUAUGUAUCUCCCUUUUCAUGUCACCAUGUAAUAUAUAUAUAAUCAAGCUGUGAUAUAGGAGCUGUAUUACAAAUUACAAGUCCCUCCAUGAAAAUGAUAUAACAAGCAGCUUUAUUGCACUGUA